CCCCGCCGCCACCGCCGCGUUAAAGCGGCCGCGCAGCCCGGCGCUCCGGGGCGCUCGCCGCCGCCCUGCCCGGCAGUGCCGCUUUAAGCGGGGCCGCCCCUUCCCUCCCGCCCUCCCGCCGUGGGGAAUUCACGUCAAAGGUUGGCCGGCGAUCCGUCAGCAACAAUGAGAUCAACAGGCCGCCGGCUUCCUCUUCCCGGAAGGAGGGCCGAGCUCCCGGGAUGUGAUUGGCAGCGGCCGGCCGGAUCGCCGCUUCCCCCCGCUCGGCGCUGAGGCUUCCCGGCACCCGGCGGCAGCUGCGGGCCGGCCCGGGGCCGCUUCCCCCCGCCCCCUCCCCUCCCCUCCCCUCAGCCCCAGGCAGCGGCCCGCAGGGAGGGAGGGAGCGGGCGGCCGGCCAGCGCCGACAUGUCGGAGGCGGCCAGCGCGGGUAUAUCGGAGGCCUUCGCCCAGACUCACAUCAAGCAGGAGCGAAACGCGUACACACCCCCCGUCAGCCCCGUGCCACCGUUCCCCAGCUCCAUUCACGGGGCUGCUUCUGAGGGUAGACACAUGGCAGAUGGAUCACACACUCUCCCCACCCACCUCCGAUUGCAGCCUGUGUUCUGGAGCAGGCUGGAUGUUGGUCAGUGGCUGAAGUGGGCAGAGCAGGAAUACUCUCUGCGCCCGAUGGACUGCGACAUGUUUGAGAUGAACGGCAAAGCCCUCUGCCUGCUUACCAAAGAGGACUUCAGGUACCGCUGCCCACACUCAGGAGAUGUCCUCUACGAGUUACUGCAUCACAUCCUGAAGCAGAGGGAGUCGCCUGUUUGGUACCCACCGUUUCUGCAGCGGGGUAGCACCCCACAUAAUCCACCGGAGAUCAUCCUUCACAAUCACUUGGAAAGUGCAGUACACAGAAACUUGCGGUCUUCGGAACAAGUCAGCCAUCGAAUGCAGCCUUCUGUGGAUCGAUUGCUUCAGUCCCCAGCACGCAAUAACCACCGGCUGUCUCCAGAGAUGGAUCAGGAGAGUUCACACAGCCUCCAGCCACCGAUGGACAGGAACCAGACCCCCAGGUCUCAGGCGGAGAACACACACAGUUCCUCGCCAGACAUGGAGCAAAGACUUUCCAUUUCCCCGGUCGAUGAGAACCAUUGUUCCUCGGGCAACGAGCAGAUCCUACAUCCACAGCAAGCAAAUGGCUCGCCGCAAGACAACUCUCGCUUCAUCCAGUUAAUUCCUACUUCUAUGAUGAACCCAAUUAUCUUUAACAGCAGGCAGUCAUUGGAGUUCAGGCCCAGGCUGUCAGAGGAGAAUUCACACAAGGAGAAGCCUUUAAACCUCUCCCAUAAGGAAGAGCAGCUCUACAGGAACCAUCUAAUGGUUCCUGUGGCAGCCCAGGAAGAAUCACUGAUGCCCAUAGGAAGAAUUGCAGACUGCAGACUCCUGUGGGACUACGUCUACCAGCUGCUGUCGGACAGCAGAUACGAAGCGUUCAUCCGAUGGGAGGACCACGAGUCAAAGGUUUUCCGAAUUGUGGACCCUAAUGGUCUUGCACGUCUGUGGGGAAACCACAAGAACAGAACAAACAUGACGUAUGAGAAAAUGUCAAGGGCUCUUCGCCAUUACUACAAACUCAACAUCAUCAAGAAGGAGCCUGGCCAGCGGCUCCUGUUCAGGUUUAUGAAAACGCCGGACGAGAUUGUGAACAGUCGGUCAGACCGCCUGGAACACCUGGAGUGCCAGGAGAUGGAGGAGCCACUGUACCAGGACGAGGAGUGCUGAGUGUGGCAGCGGGGCAACUGGUGCACUCACUGGCUGUGAAUUACAUGCCAAGAUAUGGCUGUUGGACUGGCAACCCCGGGUUUUGGAGCAGAAAGUGGCUCUGUGUGAAGUGCUGGAGGCACUUGAGGCUCACCUAGUACUCCAGUAUAUCGCUAUAUCUAUUCUACACUGCUGUUUCAUUACUGUGACAACCUUCAACCAUUUAUUUGACCAGUGAUUGGGAGUGACUAAGGACAAGCAGAGGUUCAGCCGGACUGGAAGCCCACAAGGAGUAGAAGAUGCUGCCAUCUCUGAUGUCCCAUCAUGGGCUCUGAUCUACUUGCGGGCCAGGGAGCCAGGAGAGGUGGAGCCAGACCUGGCUGAUGGAUCUUAUGCUGGAGCUCUGUCUGUGUCAGCCUGCUAGGGUGGGGGAGUGGGGUAUCCUGCUGUCCAAUGCACUAUUUCUCUUAAUAGUUAUAACUUGAAUUUUGAGUUUUUUUAAAAACUGCUCAAAUGCAAUUUCUCGCUCUUUCUCUCUGAGCUCAUGCUGAGAAUCCAUAUUUCUGACAAAACACACUUUGUAUCGACUCUUUUUAAACAAUGCUACAACUCGAAUUAAAAUGAAAAUGGAUUCCAAUGGG